AUGGAUCCCGUCACUCGCCUCUUCGAUCAACAUUUCGGCAUGGGCCUGCUGAACGACGACCUCCUGGCCCCACCCACCUAUCACCCCUUCUACAUCAUCGCCAGGCGACCGAAUCGCGACCGAGUCAAGUCAGGCGUGAGCGAGGUGGUCAAUGACAAGGAUAAGUUUCAGGUUGGUUCAGGUUUCGCAUAUCCCUAUUCCUCCUUGUCUUCUGUUGUCUCUUAG